UCCAAGGCUAAGCGCUGCGGACGUUCUCGGUGGUCGUGAAUACCGUGUGCAGGGUCAAUCACGCAGUUCCUCGUUUCGCAGUUCGUCAUCCAAGCACGCUUGCUUUCUCAGCACUUAUACAAAUACAUACAAGAUAAGCGGACGUCUAUCGUCGCAGCUGUCAUUCGGCCGUUCGUCUACUUCUUCCACGUACAAUCAACAACCUGCUGUCGACAUGGCGCCAGCAUGAGCAUACAGAGCAUAGAUUCAAGCGCUCAAGCAGCGUAGGUGGAGCGCGGAGCUUGUGUGCAAAGUGGCACCGAAAGUUGAGGCCAUGCCGCGGCUUCUUCAUAAGUACUGGAGCUGCGGAUGGCUGGUUAUAGCAACCGCAUCGCUGUCAUUCAGCAUGACGGCACUGUGCGUCAAAUGGAUUGGCAGCGACCUCCCGCCCUUCGAGACGGUUUCCAGCUCGGCAGUGAUGUGCUUCCUGGCUCUGUCGGCCAUCCUUUGCCAGCAGCGGCUGCCGCUCGUGCGGCUCCCGCCCCCAGCCCCUGCGGAUGGGCAGCGGGAGCCCCUGCUCCUGCCGGCAACAUGUGGCGAUGUGGAGGCAGCUGGCAAGGGCCUUGGCAGCGCCUGCGUCGUGGCGGCGGGCCGUCAGCCCUCAACACAGCAGCGGCACCCAUCCACAGCGCGCGUGAUGGGUCUGACGCUUACACGCGCUGUGUGCGGUUCCGUCGCCACCACGUGCUUCUACCUAGCUUUAGAGAUGCUGUCACUCAAAGAUGCCGUCACGUUAUUCUUCACGUCUCCGGUGGUUGCGCUGCUGCUGGACUGGGUGCUGCUGGGCCACGCCCCCGGCUGCAGGGGCGCGGCCGCCACACUGCUGACGCUGCUGGGUGCCACGUGCGUCACCCAGCCGCCCUUCAUCUUCAAGCGCCUGCCCUUCCUGCCGCGGGGCGGCGGCAGCGGCACUCACGACGGAGGCGCAGCUGGCACACUGGCGGCCGCCGCCGCUGCUGACGUACCCUUCUUUGUGGCGCUGAGGCAGUCCAUGCGUAGCUCUGCGCAGCCCCCGCAGUUGCUGACGCAGGCGGGGGCUGCGGUAGCAGGAGCCAUGGGCGGCCCGGCGCUGGGAGCGAUGCUGGCGCUGGCGGCGGCCGUGGCGAAUGCGUCGGGCUUCGUGGCUGCGGUAAUGCUGCGGGGGCACCAGCACCCGGCGGUCCUCACCUGGUGGUACAACGGCGUCCUGGCUGUGGUGACCGGCGUCCCUCUAGCGGCAGCGGUGCCCCUGCCCGCCGUGCUGCCAACGCCGCGGGCGGCAGCGCUGCUGUGCGGCGUGGGCGCAACCCAGCUGGUGGCGCAGCUGUGCCUCAACCGCGGCUUCCAGCUGGAGAGCGCGGGGCGCGGCGCCGCCAUCAACGUGCUGCAGGUGCUCUUCAGCUUUAUCCUGGAUGUGACCGUGCUGCACACGCGCCCCUCGGUACUCAGCGUGCUUGGCUCGGCCCUGGUGGCAGCGGGCGUACUGUCCGUGGCCCUUGGCGGCGGCAGCGGAACUGCCACACCUACUGCCAAGCGGAGGAGAGGGGAUGGCUGCAGCUGCUUGCCGGGUGACGGGCGCGGCCCACCAUCAGGCACCCCGGAUGGUAGCCACCCAGCAGACGAGGGCUCCGAUGGCGACUGCUGCAGCGAAGCGGACGCGGCCCUGGCCCCUGGUGUGGGCCUGUCGUUGAUGAGUGCUAGCGCCAGUGCCAGCAGUGACGGAGGGCUGCACACGCGGGCGGGCGAGGCGCUGCUGGUGAAGCCGCUCUCGCUGGGAGCGCCUGCGAGGGACCAUGAAGCUGUGGUGCGGAGUGCGGUCCUUGUGGAGACAGUGCUUGCGGAGGCGAGCGAGGUUCAGGAGCGGCGAGUGCCAUCGCCGCGGCCCCAGUAGACAGUGAGUGCUGCGGUAGGAUAGGCAGACACGUACUUAGGCGGGUGUGGUUAUGUGUGUGGAGGAUGGAGGAUGUGCAGAUGGCGAACGCGUUCUACCGGUGAGCAAGCGGCAAGCGCGCACACGCGGCUCUGGGCCUGACGGUCGAGAUGCAGGGAAUAAUGCCUGCGUUACGUAUGUGAUGUCUGCUCUGCAGCACGCACAAGCCUCAGGCAUCUUUGCACCUUUGAUUAUGAUACCAGGUGAUGCUUUGAGUUUGGAAAGGCAGGUUGGAGCGCAGUUUCGUGAUGAGUUUUGAAGAGUGUUUGGGUGUCAAGGGCAGAGGGUAUCAACUGACGCGUCAGAUUUAAAAACUCCCGAAACUAACUGCAUUUAUGAAUGCCUUUGGGAUCCCAUGAGUGGCAGCAGUACCGUAAUGCUGGGGUAUUUCAUUUCACCUCUGCACAUUUGGGGUUACAGGGCAGGUGCGGGUCCCGGCAGGAUGCAGGUCAAUCCCAAUGCACACGUACCGUAUGUUACUUCAGGGCUAGGGCACGCGACGAAUUGACGAUGCUGUUGUGAACGCAAUGUCACCAUGUUGCUGCUGUCACUGUGAUGCCUGGUUGACGUUCACUGAUGCUGUGAUGCACCAUUGCGGUCCUCACGCCCCGGGCGCCUGGCCAGGCAGUCAGACGCCAAGGCGCCAUACAGGACGAAGGAUGAGAUGCCGGUACUGUGAUGGCGGUUGGUAGGCUGAUAGGGCGCUUGAUUGGGCGUGAAGUAGCUUGGGAUUGACAUCCCAAGUGAAUCCCUUGAUGCUGGUCGGACUGAGCGCCAACAGCAGCACACCGCUGGCUUGGCACCCCGACUUCUCUUCGUGUCGCGCACAUUCGCGUUCGCAUUUCGACAGCACUCCGCAGUCAUGCACUGUGCACAGCUGCAGUUCAGUCAGGGGGGGGGUAAGGAAACAAAGU